GCGGCCGCGGGAGCGCGGGGCUCGGCUCGGCUCGGCCCGGGCGCGCUGGGGAAGUUCGCGCUGGCAGCAUGGGGCGGUGACGCCGCGCCGGCCUUCCGCGCCUGCCAGCCGGGCGACAGCGGGCAGCGGCGGAGGAGGAUGCACCGUAGCCGACAGCUCGCCUCCCGGGGCCGGCGCGCAGGCACCUCGCAGAACAAGGAGUAGCUCGCUGGCUUUGAACGUGUGGCAAAAAUUUCAGAAAGGUUGAAGAUCAAGUUGGAGAAAGGAACAGUUAUUUUCCAAAUUCAUCUGCUUCAGCUAUUAUUCUUAUUGGGAAUGGACGAUGGAAUGUUCUCUAGCUUUAUCAUGAUCAAAAAUCUUCUCCUGUUUUGUGUUUCCAUGAACUUAGCCAGUCACUUUGGCUUUUCACAAAUGCCAACCAGUUCGGGAAAAGAUGAGACCAACGACAACAUCACGAUCUUUACCAGGAUCCUGGACGGGCUCUUGGAUGGCUACGACAACAGGCUGCGGCCGGGGCUUGGGGAGCGAAUCACCCAGGUGAGGACCGACAUCUACGUCACCAGCUUUGGCCCCGUGUCCGACACGGAAAUGGAAUACACCAUAGAUGUGUUUUUCCGACAAAGCUGGAAAGACGAGCGUCUUCGGUUUAAGGGGCCCAUGCAGCGCCUGCCCCUCAACAAUCUGCUCGCCAGCAAAAUCUGGACCCCAGACACGUUCUUCCACAACGGGAAGAAGUCCAUCGCGCACAAUAUGACCACGCCCAACAAGCUGCUGCGGCUGGAGGACGACGGCACGCUGCUCUACACCAUGCGCUUGACCAUCUCUGCGGAGUGCCCAAUGCAGCUUGAGGACUUCCCAAUGGAUGCCCAUGCGUGCCCCCUGAAAUUUGGCAGCUAUGCGUAUCCUAAUUCUGAAGUCGUCUAUGUUUGGACCAAUGGCACCACCAAGUCGGUGGUGGUAGCAGAAGAUGGCUCCAGGCUGAACCAGUACCACUUGAUGGGGCAGACGGUGGGCACGGAGAACAUCAGCUCCAGCACCGGUGAAUACACCAUCAUGACAGCUCACUUCCACCUGAAGAGGAAGAUCGGUUACUUCGUCAUCCAGACCUACCUGCCCUGCAUAAUGACCGUGAUCUUGUCGCAGGUCUCCUUCUGGUUGAACCGGGAAUCCGUACCAGCCAGGACAGUGUUCGGGGUCACCACAGUGCUGACCAUGACGACACUCAGCAUCAGUGCCCGGAAUUCCCUGCCCAAAGUGGCCUACGCGACGGCCAUGGACUGGUUCAUUGCCGUGUGCUACGCGUUCGUGUUCUCCGCACUCAUUGAGUUUGCCGCCGUCAACUACUUCACAAAGCGAGGCUGGGCCUGGGACGGCAAGAAAGCCCUGGAGGCUGCCAAGGUCAAGAAAAAGGAGCGUGAACUCAUACUAAAUAAGUCAACAAAUGCUUACACUACCGGGAAGAUGUCCCAUCCCCCCAACAUCCCAAAGGAGCAGACCCCCGCAGGGGCCUCCAAUGCUUCCUCAGGCUCAGUAAGAUCUUCCGAAGAGAAGACCCCUGAAAACAAAAAGACUUACAACAGCAUCAGCAAGAUUGACAAAAUGUCCCGAAUUGUGUUUCCAGUCUUGUUUGGCACUUUCAACCUAGUUUACUGGGCAACAUAUUUGAAUAGGGAGCCAGUGAUUAAAGGGGCGGCCUCUCCGAAAUGACCCGCUGUGCUCCCUGACGCCAGCAGAGACGUCCUCCCGUGAAAUGGAGCCCCGAGGGAUGGCCCAUCCCUGGGCACUGUCUUUCAGGAAAUUUUUGCAUGUUUAAUAAUAUGUACAAAUAAUAUUGCCUUGAUGUUUCUACAUAGGAUGUCAGAUGUUUCAAAGAUGUCACAUUGAUAAAGCCAAUAACUUUCUAGAACAACAGAAAACAAUGGCUCUGACACUCAGAUGAUCAAUAUCUCACACUGAUAGUUUACAAACAAGAUAAGUAUAUUUUUAACUGUUCCAAGUGUUACCUAACAGUGUUUUUUAUACUUCAAAUGUCAUUUCAUACGAAAUUUCCCAGCAAAGAAAUAUUUUAGGAAAUGCUCCGUGAUUAUUACUUGACCAACUCUCGCCAGGAACAAAGAUCACAAAGAGCACGUUUUGCAUCAACAAGGAAACUGUGGGCAUUUAUGUACAAAACAAAUUGCCUCUAAUAACCCUGACUGUUCAGAAACUAGAGAGUCCUGCAUGAGCUUGCUUUAAGAAAUAGAAUAGGCAAACAUGUAUGCAGAAAAAUCUAAUAACAGAUACAUGUGGUAUGUUAGAUUAACAGAUCAAAUAUUUCCCCAAGGAAAAAUUCAACUGCUUAAAAGUCUCUUUUUGGAGAGGGAGCAGAAUAAACUUCUUUCUCUCCCCCCCAACCCCCACCCCCUGCUCCACUAACUGAACAAUGACUAAGAAAGAAAAGAACAAGUGGUGUGAUGACCGUGUUAGUGUUUGGCCAGUGCGUUCUGCAUUCACCGUCCAAAACCUUGACCAUCUUUUGCUGCAGCCAGUGUGUGUCAGUGGUGACAAACUGUGAUUGAGUUAUUUUCCAUUUUAUCUCCUUGUACGUACUUCACGAUUGACCUCCUGCUCUCUUAGCUUUUGUAAAUGAUCCCUAAAUGUUCAUUAAAAAAAUUA